AUGGACAAUAACAUCGAUCAAGAAACACUACGGAUGAUGGUAUUCUUGGAGCUUCAGGAUGCCGAUUCACAAAUGAAAGGAAAACACCGAGAGGGCGAUCCUCCUCCCGAUGCCGAAAUCGCAGCCUGGCUCUAUGAGCAAGAACUCUUGUCACUGGAGACAUUUUACGCGGAUCAAGAAGCACUGGCCGAUCCGUUAACUGCGGCUACCAGCGCCAGUCACACUGAAGACUCUCAGUUCGACACCCAGACAGGUAAAGCAGACGAACCCAACCAAUGCCAUAAAGCCAGUCAAGAGGAUGAGCACAUCGCGUUGAUCAAUUCAGUUGCAGCCGCUGAUUUUACCCUCACAGAAACCGAAGAAGCCCGCCAAGCUGAAGAGUCUAGCCAGGGGGAAGAAUUCAAGAAAGGGCGCUGUACCGUCUGCAAGGAAGAAACUCUCUUCACUGAGACUUUGAAGUACCCUGGAGGCCAUAUUUACUGUCAAGGAUGUAAUGAAGAACGAUUUCAAUUAGCUAUUCUUGAUGGGCUUUUCCCUCCCCUGGAUGCUGUGGCAAGGCAACCCCCUUCGGCGUGA